AUGCCGGGCGUGCCAGGGAAAAAACUCGGACAAAAGGUCGACAUCGACUUUACCUUGCGCAAAGUAUUCCAACGAGACUCGUUUCGGCCAGUCCAGCGAGAGGUCGUGACGGCAGCUCUCGAAGGCCACGAUGUCUUCCUCCAGGCUGCCACUGGCUUUGGCAAAUCGCUCUGCUUCCAACUCCCCGCCGUUGUCGACUUCGGCAUCACGAUUGUAAUCUCUCCACUGCUGGCACUGAUGAACAACCAGAUCAACUCUCUCCGAGCUGCCAACAUCAGAGUUGAGACCAUCAACAGCACGAUCCCCGUGUCGACCAAGACUGCAAUACUCAACGACCUCAAAAGCGGCCAUCCUUUGACCCGACUUCUCUACGUCACGCCCGAGUACUGCACGCUGGACUACUUUCGCAAACACUUGCGCACCGUCUACGAACAGAGGGAAUUGGCCAGGAUCGCCAUCGACGAGGCACACUGUAUCUCGGAAUGGGGCCACGACUUCAGGCCGAGUUUCAAGGAGCUGAAGCUUUUCAAGAAGGAAUUUCCGGAUGUUCCCAUGAUUUGCUGUACGGCGACAGCGACUGAAGAAGUACGCGACGAUAUAAUCACUACUCUUGGACUGGAUGAAUCUAAACUGAAGAAGUUUACCAUGACCACGAGUCGGCCUAAUUUGCACUACGAAGUACGCUUCAAGAGCGACGAGGAAGAUCAUUUUGACGACUUCGUUUUAUGGCUACGCACCGUUCACAAACGUCGUGCUAAAAGCGCGGCUCGCUCACAGGAACUCAGUCAGCGUAACGAGCGUGCUAGGAAUGUGCCUGGCAUCAUUUACACAUGGUACCGAAAAGACACCGAAGCCCUUGCUCAACGCCUGCAAGACAAUGGAAUCGGUGCGAAAGCGUACCACGCCGGCAUGUCUACGGAGGCGAAAGACGAUCACCUUGAUGGUUGGGUCAAGAACAAGGAAGGCUACGAUGUCAUCGUUGCGACGACUGCGUUUGGUAUGGGCAUUGACAAGGAGAAUGUUCGGUUCGUUGUCCAUUGGCAGAUGCCAAAAUCUUUCGAAGGCUACUACCAGGAAGCUGGUCGAGCAGGACGAGACGGCAAAGCAUCUGUCUGUAUGCUCUACUACAGCCGCGAGGACCGUGAUCGCGCUCACGCCUCUUAUGUGCGAGACGCCGAGAAGAUGCAAAACGCAAAAGGCGCAAGUCGCCAGGCGUGCAUCAAUCGUGGCAAAAGCUUGCAAGCGUUGAUCACCUACUGCGAAGGUGUGACCACUUGCCGCCAUAGGAGCGUUGCCAAGUACUUCGGUGAGGAAGCAGUGCCUCCUUGCGAGUGGGCUUGCGAUUGGCACAAAGAUGCGAAGAAGCUGGCGAAACGCAAAGAUCUUGAUCUUCAAAGCGAAGAGUGGAUCGCGACACAGAGACAGAUGGGGACUUACAAUCAAGAUGAGUAUGAUUGA